AUGUGCAGACACAUCCUCAACGCCCAGGUCUCCAUCCGCUCGCCUUGCUGCAAGAAAUGGUUCGACUGCGCGGAAUGUCACCAGGAGCAGAGCGACCACCCGCUCCAGCAGACGUUUGAUAUGGUCUUCAUCUGCAAAAAGUGCAAGAAGGCCUUCCGCAAAGAUGCCCGCGAAUUCGAAGACGCGAUGCUCAAGGACGAACGUGUACGAGCCGAAGAGAUGCGCACCAUAUUCGAUGUCAAGGAAGCACCGGACAAGUUGGGCUGA